AUGUUCAAAAGCACGGCGAAAGUCGAGAAAUUGAGGAAACACAGAGCAUGGAUACUUCUAAAGGCAACGGACUUUAAUUCACUGAUGCAUCCCUGUUUCUUCGUCUGCUGGCUAUUUGGAAAUUUUCCGUACAAGUACGAGCCACCAGUAUACUCACUUUGCAAAAGCCGUUUCGCUUUCUCCACGUCCAUGAUGUUCAUCUACGUACUCUCGUUGCUCGUCAUGGUGUACGAAAUAAAUGUUACCAGGACGUCGGACAGCAGCAUUACAAAGACAAUUUGUGUGAACUUGUUUUAUUUUUUGGACGGGGCGGUGAUUUUAACGAUGUACAUGUUAACUGUUGCUCGAUUGUCGAUGAUCCAGAACUUGUCAAAGACUAGCUCGAUGUUAUCUGCAAACGAUUUCAAGGAUUUAGCUAGAGUGAUUCACACGAAGGACAUUCUAGGUUUCCUGUUUCUCGUCAGUCACAUACCAAAUUGCUUCAAGCAGAACAUUUUCCUCACUCUGCGGAGUUUUUACUCCAUCUACAUAAUGAUGGCUAACUUUUCGAUAGACAUGCUGCACAUGAACUGCGUGUGCGUUUUGAAAGCUUGCUUGGCCAAAAUCGACGAAUGUAUUCAACAAAUGAGAAAGCUUGCAAUCAACGAUGAUAUAUGGACGCAGACGUUCAUCCACCAUGGAUCUCCAAAUUCUUUAUUGAUAACGAAGCUGAAGAACUUCGAGAAGAAACAUUUGGAGAUCAGCGAUAUAAUUGAAUUAAUGAACGAUACGUUCAUGAUACAUAUUAUAAUCAUGGCAAUCAGUACGUUCAUCUCGGUCACUUUGAAUCUGUAUUUUUGUAUACUUUAUAUGUACAAGGGCUCGUCUGAAAAUAUGGAGAACUGGAUUAUGGGGUACUUGUCGGGGGUGGCUUUUUAUUUUCUUAAGUUUGCGAUGAUGAUUUGGGCAUGUGAGACAACGACCAAUCAAGCGGAGAAGAUAAAGGCAACUCUGUAUAACGUUUUCAGUCGAGCUUUUCUCUCUGCAAAUAAUGCACAGGAGAAACGUAUUUGGAGCAAGAACAUUCGACAUGAAUGCAUCGUUUUUCACACAGGUGAGACCUGUUUAAAUCAUCAUCGAAAUUUCUGUUUAUUAACCGUGCGUGAAAUGAAAUUCCUCCGUAACUGUGAAACUGAUUCUAUUCUUGUAGAUGGUCAGUGGAAUUACGAUAAGCGUUGUGCUUUCGCUUCACACUCGAUUCUCGACUCGAGCCUGGAGAAUGGAAAUGCGGCGAACACGACGACAACAGCGUUGUCGGGCACGUUAGAGCAACUUAACGAUAAAUACGCUGUCAAUUUAUCUCCGACGACGGACCUGAUGGAUCUAACGGCGAUGUGGGUUCUGUUUUCUGAACAAACAUGCAGAGGAUUUCUAGUAAAAGAAAUUCAUACGACGUAUUUUCAAUCCCUGGCAACAUUAUCUCCGCCUCUCACUCAAAUUGAACAACAUGAGCUGCGCAAACAAUCCGCCGCGUCUCUCUCCAAAUUUGCCAUUCCUUUGUACGCGUUGCGGAAGGAGACUCUUGUUACUCGUCAUCCACUCUUCGUUCCCGAUCAGGACGAGGCGAAGGAAACACCUUCACCCAUCGAUAACUGUCAAUGA